UGACCAUCAAUGCUCCUUUCUUUGGGCCUGAUUGGGCCUUACUGACGCUCUUGUUGCGCCUCUAUUGGCCGAAAACCACAUCAAUCUGCCCAGGUCCAGGUCUCCCCUCAAGUUUGAAACUUUUUUUUUCCUUACAAGCAGGAAUCGGGUUACAACUAAACGAGCUCUGGCAACCGAGCUGACUUGCGGCCGAGGGAAGAAAACACUCUGAAUAAUUCACGCAACUGUGUUUGGCACACGGCUAUAGAGAAGCGGAAAAGGAGCAACCGAGACGACAUCAAGCCGAGAGACAACAAGCCAAAGGCGGGCAAACAUGCUGUGAAACACGGUUCUCCGCUUUGCCGAGAGCGAUGAAGACCAGAUAGAGUUGAGAUAAGUUUGGCUUGUGUCCCUCUGACCGCUCCAGUGUGGAGAGAGAGCAAGCCCUUGAGCAAGCUGUCUGCACCUGGAUGAGGGCGCGAGUCCGAGGCUGCGACUCCGGUUUGCUGCACUAUCACAAGACAGCCCGUCUCAUGUGGGAGGAGGUCGGCGUCGAUCAUGGACUCCUUCAGCACAAAGAGCUUGGCCCUGCAGGCGCAGAAGAAACUGAUGAGCAAGAUGGCCACCAAGAGCAUGGCGAACCUUUUCAUCGACGAUACCAGCAGCGAAGUGUUGGACGAGCUCUACCGGGUCACGAAGGAGUACACCCGCAACCGCAAAGAGUCCCAGAAGAUCAUCAAGAACCUGAUCAAAAUGGUGGUGAAGUUGGGUGUGCUCUACAGGAACAACCAGUUCAGUGGCGAGGAGCUGAUCCUUGUGGAGAAUUUCAGGAAGAAAGUCCACACGCUGGCCAUGACGGCGGUCAGCUUCCACCAAAUUGACUUCACCUUUGACCGCCGCGUCAUGAGCGCCCUGUUGAACGACUGCCGCGAACUGCUGCACCAGGCCAUCAAACGCCACCUGACGGCCAAGAGCCACUCGCGCGUCAACCACGUCUUCAAUCACUUCGCCGACUGCGAUUUCCUGGCCGCUCUGUACGGGCCCUCCGAGGUUUAUCGCGCUCACCUGCAAAGGAUCUGCAGCGGCGUCAACAAGAUGCUCGACGAGGGAAACCUCUGACCACUGCUUGAGGGCCCCGCCCCCCCUCCUCUUCACGCCCGUUCCCCCUUUCCCACCUCCCAUCUCGGAUAUUUUAAGUUUCAGGUGACAAUCAUAAAACUCUCAAACAUUAUAACACUGAAGUGCUUUUGUUUCGUUUUCUUUUUGUGUGUUGCCCAAGGUCUUUCGAGUUCCUUUUUGCAUUUUGUCUCCAAGCAAACAAAGCCCAUACAAAUGAAUGUAAAAGAAAACCGUAUGGGAGCGCGUGCGCCUUCAACACCUUUCUGCUCUUUCCAAGGGCACAAUGCUCGCCGUCUCACUCAGUUGAGAAGAAAUGAAUCCCUGAACAGGCAGUUUUAUCGCUGUAAACAAUGGCUCGGAGAGGAAAGAAAUGUCUAUACCGUUUUCCCAAAUACCCAGGACAUAAAAGCUCUUUUUUUAUAUAUAUAUAUAUUUUUAAACUCCUAUUGCACUCAAGCCUGAAUAAGCGCUGUACUGUAUUUUUUUUUCCUGUAUUAAUGCAACUAUGUGAACUAGAGCAGAUUAAUCCUGCUUAGCCUGCAUUUCAAAUAUCUAAACAUCUUAACUUCGUAGUGAGGCUAUGGGCUUUUUGUUCCAAAGUCAUCAAUAAAGCCGCUUCUAUUUUUUUCCUUUUUUUUUUUUUUUUUUUUGGAACAGUCUGGUUGCUAGCCAGCACAAUGAAGAUGAAGUAUUUGGGUCGUAGGGGACCUGGAAUAUAAAAGAGUCGGCGCCGCGUGUGUUGUCUUUGCGCUGACUCAGAUGUCUCUCACUGAGUCAACAUUGUGACUGUAAUAGACUGCGUGACGAGGCGAUCUUCACUUCUACUACCCGCGUUGGCUCACGGGAAAUCCCAAUGACACCAAAGGUAUAAGUCUGAAUGAUCCCAUAUCAAUGACUCUGAAUAAAGAUGAUUACCAAUUA